AUGUCGACUGAUCUUGAUAUUGGAUAUGACGAUGAUCGUUUUGAUAAACAUUCAUCAUUUAAAAGUUUUGAAUCGAAGAUAAAUGGAUUUUCAUCUGAAGUUUCUGGGCCUGACAAAGAUAUAUUCACUAUUACUUUAAUGAUUCUGUGUAUUAUUGGUAUGAUUCUUGCUCUUGUUUUUAUAAUUUUUGGAAAAAAAUUUAAGAAAUAUAAAUCAACAACAACUGAGACAAUUACAACAACAAACGCUAUAGAACUCAAGGAUAUGUCAUCAAAUCGAGAAUAUCAACCAGUUUCAAAUGUUUAA